AUGGUCGUUCGCAUUCGCCUCUCCCGCUUUGGAAACCGGCACCAGCCGUUCUACAACAUCGUUGUUGCUCAGGCCCGGUCGGCUCGCGACUCGAAACCUCUUGAAGUUAUUGGUACCUUCAACCCUAUCCCGCAGCGCCCUACAAACCUGUCCGAGAAGGAGGCCCGCACCGCCAAAGCAUACAAGGAGAUUUCGCUCGACCGAUCUCGAGCCAAGUACUGGAUCGGUGUUGGCGCACAGCCCAGUGAUGGCGUUUGGAAGUUACUAAGCCUCGCCGGGAUUGUGAAAGAAAGCAAGAAUGUGAAGAACUGA